CCAAAAACUCACAGCGUUGAAAGAGUUGAAACAGAUUCAAUCGCCGCCGCAAACCACCAUGCCCACCGUCAGCGUAGGCCGAGAUCGCCUGUUCGCAGCUCUAGAACGCACCUACACUCAAGAAGAGUUUGAAGAUUUGUGCUUUCAGUUCGGAAUCGAGCUUGACGAUGUGACUACGGAAAAGGCAAUUAUACGAAAAGAGAAGCAUUUGGAAGAAGAGGAACCUUCUGAAGACGAGGAAGUGAUUUACAAAAUUGAAGUUCCUGCUAAUAGAUAUGAUUUACUUUGCCUUGAGGGGUUGUCACAAUCACUGCGGAUAUUUGCGGGGCUUGAUUCGAUACCUACUUAUAUUGUGGCAAACAUCAGCAAGGAAUCUAUGCUCAAAAUGCAUGUAAAACCAGAGACAUCUCAAAUCCGGCCAUAUGUUGUGUGCGCUGUUUUAAGAGGUGUUACAUUUGAUGAAGCUCGAUAUAAUAGCUUCAUUGAUCUUCAAGACCGCCUUCACCAGAAUAUUUGCCGGCGAAGAACAUUGGUUGCAAUUGGAACGCAUGAUUUGGAUACAAUAGAAGGCCCUUUUACAUAUGAGGCAUUAGCACCGAAAGACAUAAACUUCACCCCACUAAAACAGACGAGGAACUUCUCAGCUGAUGAGCUAAUGGAAUUUUAUAAGAAAGAUCUGAAAUUGAAGAAGUUCUUGCAUAUAAUUGAGGGUUCACCAGUUUACCCUGUCAUAUAUGACCAGAAAAGAACUGUUUUGUCCUUACCUCCCAUUAUCAAUGGUGCACAUUCGGCCAUUACCUUGAAGACAAAGAAUGUUUUUAUUGAAUGCACUGCCACAGACCUAACAAAGGCCAAUAUUGUUUUGAACACAAUGGUUACCAUGUUCUCUAUGUAUUGUGAAAGGAAGUAUGAGGUUGAGCCAGUCGAAGUGACAUACACCGAUGGAAGAUCAUAUGUGUCACCAGAUCUGUCUCUUUACCAAAUGGAGGUUCCUAUAUCUUACAUCACCAAGCUUAUUGGGGUAUCCCUGCCAGCACAUGAGUCUGCUCGUCUGUUGAAUAAAAUGCAAUUACAUGCCAAGCACUCAGUAUCAGAGAAGAAUGAAGCCAGCUUCACAAUAUCAGUUCCUCCCACUAGAAGUGACAUUCUUCAUCCUUGUGAUGUGGCUGAGGAUGUGGCUAUUGCUUAUGGCUACAAUGAAAUUCCAAAGAUAACAUUUCCAUCUGUGAAGCCACAAUUAUUGAAUAAGUUCAGUGAUCUUAUUCGAGAACAGAUUGCAACGGUUGGCUACACGGAGGUUUUGACUUGGAUAUUAUGCUCAAGCAAAGAAAUUUCCACCAUGCUUAACAGGGAGGAAGACAAAACUGCAGUGAUUAACGGGAAUCCUCGCUCAGCUGAUUUUGAGGUUGUUCGCACCACUCUCAUGCCCGGCAUAUUGAAAACAGUUGGGCACAAUAAAGAUCAUCCAAAACCAAUCAAAAUCUUUGAAGUGGGUGAUGUGGUGCUAUUGGAUGAGAAAAAAGAUGUUGGUGCAUCCAAUCGCCGAAAGCUUGCAGCUUUGCAUUGUGGAUCUACUUCUGGAUUUGAGCUGAUACAUGGCCUUGUAGAUAGAAUCAUGGAAGUGUUGGGAACUCCAUUUGUAUCACCUGGAGACAAGACAGGCUACUACAUAGAAAGUUCAAAUGAACCGGAGUAUCUUAAAGGUAGACAAGCACACAUCAUAUACAAAGGAGAUAAAAUUGGCACUUUUGGAAUUGUGCACCCACAGGUACGCUGAUUAUUCGGUC